CUGAAGCGGAUCUAUGUGACCCGCCUAUCGGGAUCAUCAUCGGUGCUGCACGCCCAUGAACACUGACUGCCACAACACCAAAGAUCACAGAAACCGGCUCAUACCCACUGUAAAUACUGACGGAAGUGAAGUUUGAGGGCACAUUUGAUCUGGGUCUGAUGAAAUUAUUCGGAAUGUGGUGGCUGCAGUAACAGUGAGGGAACGAGAGAUCAGGGAAGAGGAAUUUCCCCCUUCCAUAGAGUCCUUGUGUAUCUGGAUUACCUUCAGCUGAACGAGUAGACACAAAGGUACUGGGUGGUACAUGGUCAUCUCCCGAUCUAUCUCCCACUUUGACCCCUUACUCCAGUAACUUUCAGCAUCUUCUUGACCUCCCUGACCCAACCCAUUCUGGGCAGAAGCCGCUGCCCUAAAAACGUGAAACUUUCCUCUCAACCCCACCCCACAGCAACAGAUAUCAUGGCAACAGCUAAGCCGAAAGGGCAGAACUCGCUGGCUCUUCACAAGGUGAUCAUGGUCGGGAGUGGCGGUGUGGGAAAGUCGGCUCUAACUCUGCAGUUCAUGUAUGACGAGUUUGUGGAAGACUAUGAGCCCACAAAAGCUGACAGCUACAGGAAGAAGGUGGUUCUGGAUGGAGAGGAAGUUCAGAUAGAUAUUCUGGACACAGCAGGUCAGGAGGAUUAUGCUGCCAUCCGGGAUAACUACUUCCGCAGCGGUGAAGGAUUCCUCUGUGUCUUCUCCAUCACUGAACUAGAAUCUUUUGCAGCGACUGCUGAUUUCAGAGAGCAGAUUCUGCGCGUGAAAGAAGACGAGAAUGUCCCCUUCCUGUUGGUGGGGAAUAAGUCUGAUCUUGAGGACAGGAGACAGGUGAGCUCAGAUGAGGCCAAAGUUAGAGCUGAUCAGUGGGGGGUGUGCUACGUGGAGACGUCUGCUAAGACCCGAGCCAACGUAGACAAGGUUUUCUUUGACCUCAUGAGGGAAAUUCGUGCCAGGAAGAUGGAGGACAGUAAGGAGAAGAAUGGCAAGAAAAAGAGGAAAAGUCUGGCCAUACGAAUCCGUGAAAGAUGUUGCAUUUUAUAGCCUCGGUGACGAUACACUCUUAGGUUUUACAUAUGUAUCCGUAUGUCUUUUUUGCCCUAUCGCAAACUAAUCCUCAUCUGCGAUGUUUCCUGGUGUUUGUAUGUCAGAUGUAGGGCUGUUACUAGAAUAAUGUAUUACAGUUGAUUUCUUAGAUUAUGCCAUAUGCUGUAGUGCCCACUUGAUGCUGGAAUCUCCUGUGUGUCUUUUAAAGCAAAUCAUUCAGAAAGAAAAGAACAUUUGAAGCUUCAGAUUUUAUUCUUGUCAAAUUCAGAUUGUCUUAUGAGUUCCAAAUGACACUAUUUAAAAGGCCUUUUUGGCCUUCAUUUUUUAAUAACUUCCACUCGUCACCAUGGCCUGAUUGAUUCCACUUACUUGCAAAACUCUUGAUUCAUAAGAUAUUUUGAAGAUUCUUACAGAAACUAAGAAUAAAUUGAAACUGAGCUAAUUAUUAACCUUUGGUUUCAACGAAAAUGAUCCCAGCACUUCAUAAACUAAGCUUUAUUUUGAAUGCUUCAGUUAGAGACAGCUGUACCCCAGUUGUUAUCAGUGUUUAUUUAUUUAUGUUUUAUUUUUGGAAUGACUUAAUAUUACCUAACUUUACCAAGCUACUUGUCAGCAUCAGUGGACUAAAUGAAAUGGAAACAGGAAGUUAUUUUGCAGCCAUUUUGUGUACUUGACUUCCUGAUGCCUUGAUGUCCAUUGUGAAUGUGACUUGCACUUAUCACCCAUACUUACAGAGCUCCACAAAUCCUUUUAUUGUCUGAUCAUUUUGGAAUUAAAGAGGCAGCUAGAAGGAUAGAAAAGAGACUGCCUAUGUGAGCUGCAAGUUAGAGAAAUGAGACUUAGAAAUUUACUCUCCACCUUGCUAUUGGAAGGUCAAAAUGCCACAUCAACAUUGUAGAUGGCCAAAGCAAGUACAAUGACAAUCUUACACUUUUCACAUGUGACGUGUAAAUCAAAACUGUGUCCGUUUGGACAGCUUGUGUGCUCAUGCCCCACUGUUCCAGUCUUAUAUAUGUUAGAUGUAUCUUUCCGUUGAUUGCCUGCUAUACAUGUAUUGCCGAUGUUUUUUUUCAGCCAUUUCAAAAAUAUGGAGAAAAACGCUGUUCUAGUUUCUUAACGAAAAAGGUUUAGUGUAAAUGUGGCCUUACUGUUUUAGCUAUUGCUCUUGAGAUGCUUCUAGAAACAUGCAGAUAAAUAUAUAUAAAUUAACGUAAGUCCUCUAAAUCAAGUGACGAGCUCUCCCAUUUAUCAUGGCACAAUGGCUCCCUACUGACGUGUAAUGCUCACAUUCGGUGAAACAAUGAAUGUGCAUCACAAUUUUACCCCAAAAAUGUUUGCUUGGGAACCAACAUCCUGUAAGCAGUGGUCCAAAGUAUGUUACCCUAACACAUGAGCCUUCUGUUAUUGAUAUAAAUCUAAAUACAUCACACCAAAGGCCAGUGGGGUAUUAGUGCAUGGUGGAUUAUAUCUCUGCUGAAGUUUAAUGUAUGCAGAGGAUGCAUUGCUGUGGCCAUGGUAGGCUUUUGUAGCAAAAGCAGCUGUGUUCUUGCCUGUUUUAACUAAUCAUUUCUAUCAUGGUGCUAUUUUUGCUUACAAAGGCUUUGUCCUUCAUAUUUAUGUACUUGUUUGUGUAUGUGUGCAGCAUGGAUGUGUGUAAAGGAGGGAUAUGUGUAUUUUAAGGGGUAUUCUGUUAAAAAUAGGUUUUUAUGUGUGCAGCAGGUAAAAAAAAAUAUUUCAGUGUAAAAUAUACAGAAUAUAUAGCUAAUUUUCAGUUGUAGGAUGUGUAAAAUAGUAAACUGCUUAAGUUCAUUAUUUUUCCUUAAGGACCGGCAAAAGUGCAAUUUCCAACUGCAAAAUUAACACUGCUUUCGAAGCAAGGAAAAUGAAAUUUUCUAAUAAAACAAAUGCAUCUGAAUUUCUUUAAUCUGUUAUUUGUUUUGAAUAGUAUUUUCUCACUAAACAUUUUUCUUUUCUCCUUUAACCACUUGCAUAUCUUCUAUACAAAUGAUUUACACUUAUGUUAUGGUUAUGCUUAACUAUUGAUAUAAAAAUCAUAUCUUGUUGCUAUGCUUUGACUGUACUAGAAUAAAAAAAAAACAUUGUUAUGGCAUCAAAUU